GAUUUUUGACAGUAGCGAUUUUUAGUGAAUCUGAAUUUGUGCACUUUCAACAAUAGUUAUUAAUUUCAAAAUUUAAUUAAUAUUUAAAAUUUUAUUAGUGAAAAAUGUCAGCGAAAGUUACUUUUAAAAUCACUCUUACUUCAGAUCCCAAACUUCCAUUCAAAGUUUUAAGUGUUCCUGAUGCCACUCCAUUCACAGCAGUAUUAAAAUUUGCAGCAGAAGAAUUCAAAGUAGAACCUACAACAUCUGCUAUAAUUACGGAUGAUGGGAUUGGUAUAAAUCCUUCGCAAACUGCGGGAAAUGUAUUUUUAAAACAUGGUGCAGAGUUACGAUUAAUUCCUAGAGAUAGAGUAGGCAGUUUAUAUUAUUAGUUCAAUAUUAAAUUU